AGGGGCAGGGGAAGCGCUGGGCACCGCUUCAGCAGCGCUGCUGCUGCUGCAGGCUACCAGCUGGAGAAGAGCCGGAUCCCCCCGUGGCGCGGAGGGGCUUUGGUAGUGGGUCGUGUCCAUCUCUCAUUUCUCUCACCUAAUCGCUAGAAGUCGCUUGCUGUUGUGUGAUCUUUGACUCUGAACCUGAAGCAAUUCUUGGUUAUGUGCUUCUCAAAACUUGGAAAGUAUCUACAAUAAAUAGGAUUGGCCAUGAGAAAUCAUAACAUUUCUUUCGAAAUACAGCGAUGGGGCUACUGAGGAGUUACCUGCUUUUGUAAAGAUUGCAUUAAAAGCAUCCACUUCAAGAAACUACAACUGUGUUUGUUCAAGUAUUGAAUGUGGAAGUAGUACCGGGAUCCCUGCCACUACAUGCUUGAAACAUGAAACCCAGAGCCUAAUGAGCUGUGUGUGGGCCCUGCAUUCGAUGACAUCCCAUCUCAAGAUGCUGCUAAUACAGUAGCUAAUUAUUCUUGAUUGAAGAAGUCUAACAGGAACAAGAGGAACUGGUGAAAAAACAAUGGCUGCCGCAGCUGAUGGUUUGGGAAGUAUAGCUAUAGAUACCACACAACUUAACAUGUCAGUCACUGAUCCAACAGCUUGGGCUACAGCUAUGAAUAAUCUAGGAAUGGUUCCAGUAGGAUUAGCAGGACAACAGCUUGUGACAGAUUCAAUCUGUGUACCAGGCUUUGAUCCAGGCCUUAGCAUGAUGACUGGAAUCGCUCCGAUUAACCCAAUGAUACCGGGCAUGGGGUUAGUGCCACCACCACCAACAACAGAUGUGCCUGUAGUCAAAGAAAUAAUUCAUUGUAAAAGCUGCACACUCUUCCCUCCAAACCCAAAUCUUCCACCACCUUCAACAAGAGAGAGACCUCCUGGGUGUAAAACAGUGUUUGUUGGAGGAUUACCAGAAAAUGCAACAGAGGAAAUUAUUCAGGAAGUCUUUGAGCAGUGUGGAGAUAUAACAGCAAUUCGGAAAAGCAAGAAGAAUUUUUGUCACAUUCGUUUUGCAGAGGAGUUCAUGGUUGAUAAAGCCAUUUACCUUUCUGGUUACCGCAUGAGAUUAGGAUCUAGCACAGACAAAAAGGAUUCAGGUCGCCUUCAUGUUGAUUUUGCUCAGGCAAGAGAUGACUUUUAUGAAUGGGAAUGCAAACAAAGAAUGCUGGCCAGGGAAGAACGCCACAGACGCAAAAUGGAAGAAGACAGGCUGCGCCCUCCUUCUCCCCCAGCAAUAAUGCAUUAUUCUGAACACGAAGCUGCUUUGCUGGCUGAAAAAUUGAAAGAUGAUAGCAAGUUUUCAGAGGCCAUCACAGUGCUGCUUACCUGGAUCGAGCGAGGCGAGGUGAAUCGUCGCUCUGCAAACCAGUUUUACUCGAUGGUGCAGUCGGCAAACAGCCACGUUCGCCGGCUCAUGAACGAAAAGGCCGCUCAUGAGCAAGAAAUGGAGCAAGCCAAGGAGAGUUUUAAAAAUGCCUUAACAGGGAUCCUCACUCAAUUUGAGCAGAUUGUGGCCGUUUUCAACGCUUCUACCAGACAAAAAGCUUGGGACCAUUUCUCGAAAGCCCAGCGAAAGAACAUAGACAUUUGGCGAAAGCAUUCUGAGGAGCUCCGAAAUGCUCACAGUGAACAGCUCAUGGGAAUCCGCCGGGAAGAAGAGAUGGAAAUGUCUGAUGAUGACAGUGGUGACAACCCCACUAAAAAGCUGAGAGCAGAUGAUUCAGCUCUAGCUGCCCAAGCUUAUGCACUUAAGGAAGAGAAUGAUAGUCUUCGAUGGCAGCUGGAUGCCUACAGGAACGAAGUGGAACUUCUGAAACAGGAGAAAGGACAGCUCUUUCGGACAGAAGAAAGCCUUACAAAGGACCAGCAGCUGCAGUUCCUACAGCAGACAGUGCAAGGCAUGCAGCAGCAAUUGCUGAGCAUACAGGAAGAAUUAAAUAACAAAAAAUCCGAACUGGAGCAAGCCAAGGAAGAGCAAACACAUACACAAGCAAUGCUUAAAGUCUUGCAAGAACAGUUAAAAAGCGCCAAGGAAUUAGCAGAAAUCAAUGGGCAUGAUGAAUCUCAGGCAAAUGAAAUCAAUGUAUUGACAGUAGCAUUGGUCAACCAAGACAGAGAAAAAAAUUCCGAGAAACGAAGCCCCGGUCUAAAAUCAGAGAAAGAGGCACUAUUAAUAGGUAUCAUAUCCACAUUUCUUCAUGUCCACCCUUUUGGAGCCAACAUAGAAUAUCUUUGGUCUUAUAUGCAGCAGUUGGACUCUAGGAUCUCUGCAAAUGAAAUAGAAAUGCUUUUGAUGAGACUGCCACGCAUGUUUAAACAAGAAUUCACUGGUGUAGGAGCAACACUGGAAAAGAGAUGGAAGUUUUGUGCCUUUGAAGGAAUUAAAACUAUCUGACUGUGACUAGUAAUGAAGCUAUGCAGAAUAAAAAUUCCUAGAGCAUGGCAGGGUUAUAAAGUAUUACAGUAAGAAAUUUGGGUUUUGGCACAUAGUAGUAUGUUUUCAAAGUUAUCCGAGCCUAAUUUUAGUUACAUUUGUGACGUUCUCUUGUGAGUGGAAAUGUAGUUGUGCACCAGUUCCUAAAAUAAAAUAAUUUUUUUUUAAAAAGUUUCAAAAUGUGACAGAUCUGUUUCCUAUGAAAACUGAAGAAAGAUGCCACAGUCAUAAUGAUUUCAAAAUAUUACAUGUCCUACAUCUAAGAAAAGCUCAUUGAGCAAAUAGUUAAGGAGAAAGAUUGCCCAGUUAUGGUCGCUAAAUUACAGCGAUGUAUAUGUAAUAUGUAGUAGAGCUCAUUAAUUUAUGUUACUGAAAGUUCUUUCCAUUUAGUAAGAAAAUUAAGUAAUUUUAAAGCAAGGAAAAGCAUACCAAAAGAAAACUUGAAGAUGUGUCUGAAGUUAUUGUAUUUUGUAAAUUAAGUUAUAUGCUGUACCAGGGAUUUUUGCCUUAUUGAAAGAGGCCUGAAAAUGUGAUUGGAGUCCUCAAGAAUGCUUUAUCAAGAAUAUUAUUUUUCUAAUGUAACUAUUCUCCAUUACAAGUUCUUUUAACAUGGAUUGCAUAUCAAUUUUCAUAAACAUGUAAAUAAGGAGGAAACCAGUGUUACUGUAUUGUAUUUGGUAUGUAACAUUCAGGUUUAUGCAUCAAAAUAAAUAUUCAGUUGCAUUACUGUUACAAAUUUUAUAG